AUGUCCAUCACUCCUGUGAACGCCCUGCGCGUGUCGAAGCACCAAAUCCCGGCGUAUAAAGGGAUUCCGAACACCUCAAUACAAGGCAAACCUUUGAUGAUCUACCAUUCCGUCUUUCCAGACCCAACCGCGUCCGCUAUCGAGUCCCACCUCAAAUCCGUCGGCGUCGUCUCACCUGCAUGGAGAUACACAAUGUUCACUGAGACGCACUUUCACUCCAGCAGCCAUGAGGUCCUGAGCAUUGCGGCUGGCUCCGCGAAGUGCUGUUUUGGUGGUGAGGAGAAUGAAGGCCGAGUAGAACCUGUCCUGCAGAAAGGCGACGUAGUUAUUGUGCCCGCGGGUGUAGGUCAUCGCUUGCUGGAGGACUAUGGUGGCUUCCAGAUGGUGGGUUCUUAUCCGACCGGGAAGAGUUGGGAUAUGUGCUAUGGCCGCGCGGGAGAGGAGGCAAAAGUCAAGACAAUUGCGGACUUGGGCUGGUUCAAACGUGAUCCCAUAUAUGGUGAGGACGGUCCUAGUUUGCAUCAAUAG